UCGCAAAAAUAUCUUUCAACCAUUAGCAACAUGUACAGUCAUUCAGGUCUUGAGUCCGACAACAAAGUGAUUCCCCCCCCCUAAUCUGUAAAAGCCACGGCAAGGGAAGGAGCUUUUCUGUUUUUAAUGAUGUUGGCACUUAAAAAAUGGCAAACAAAAUGGCCAGCAUGUCCCUAGAGACCGGCAAGUUGCCUCUCCUACCCCAGAUGGAUACGUUCUAUGCCCCCGCCUUUUAUUAUAGGAAAGAUAUUCCUAAAGAUUAAACGUUUUCCAAAUUACAGUUUUUCGUUGAUGUUAUUUACUAUUGAACAGGUUUUAGACAUCCUUACUAUUCUAGCUAACUAUAGUAUGUUAAUUUAAUACACUGAAACCUUGAAUAGUGCAAUCAUAGUUGUCAAAGGCAUAAUAUCAAUAAGUAAACAUCUUGUGGCAUAUUGAUGGAGAACAGUUACAUGUACCUGGAAAAAAAUUCAAAAUGAAAUUUGCAGUCGGUCCAUCACUUGGUAGGUAAUGCUUCAACCAAGGCGCUCCUAUCUGUAUUUUGUCAAUCUGUUCUGCUACCUUAAAGUGGUCCUACCUCUUCUCUAUAGUGCCGCAUGGUUAAUCAUUAACUGUUGAAGAUUUAAGAGUUGUGCGAUCCCUUCGUGACAGGCGAAGAUAAACAAACAGAGAAAUCGAACCUGGAAAGUGCAGGGAGAGAGUUGCUGUUGGCAUUCCGAGCAGUUUUCACGAUGGACGGCAACGUGGGACAGUUAAGUUUCAUUAACGGCUCUAUUGCCCCAGACUCUGAUCCGUCUGAAGACGACAGCCUGGAUGGAAUAGUUGUGAUUGCUAUGUACCUGGCUCUGUUGUCUGUUGUCGGUUUCAUCGGGAACAUCUUGGUGAUGGUCUCGGUAGCCAUCUCGCCCAAGCUACGGACGACGUCCUACGCGUUCAUCGUCAACCUGAGCGCGGCCGACCUACUGAUCAACGCCAUCGUGACUCCUCUCGUGGUGGUGUCGUUCUUCAAUUCUGGCUGGCCGCACGACCUCUUCUGGUGCCGGUCGCUGUGUUACCUGCUUCUCCUCUCGGUGGGCGUGUCCCUGCAGACGGUGAUGGAGAUUGCCGCCAGCCGCUACUGCUUCGUGUCGCGCCCCCGCCAGACGUACCGUAAGUACUUCCGUUGGAGGGUCGUGGCCGUCCUCCUGGCCCACAACUGGCUGGCGCCACUGCUGUUCAUCUUCAUCCACAGGUGGAGUGGCUUCAGCGGCAUCCAGUACCACCCCGUGCUCCGAUUUUGCUUCCUGAAGUACUCGGGUAACCCGGAGUUCUGGUACAUUAACGGCAUCAUGCUCUACUUCUUGGCGACCUGCUUCCUCCUCAUCCCGUGCCUCUACUGCAUGGCUUGCCGCACACUCUACGCCAGCCGGAGGCGCGUCCGUCCAACUUUGUCUAAGCAGAACCCAGGAUCCUCCGACCACCGGCCAAUUCUCCGGUCUGCAGAAGUCAAGUUUACCAAGAUGAUGGCCCUCAUCUUUAUCCUUCUCAUGAUCUGCUGGGCACCCAUCUGCAUUAUGCACUUCUUCGCUGUCGAUGCCCUCUCUCAUCGUCUCGGGAUCGUCCUUCUCCUUACCAACUCGUCCGUCAAUCCUUUUGUGUACGCUUGGCUCAACACCCACUUUAAAAGAGCUUACAAGCGCAUUUUACUUUGUGGCAAAGAUCAAAGAGGUAGGGUCAAACCACUCAUAGUUUAGGGGAGUAGUGCCUGGUAUUAGCAAGCUUACCCAGGAAUUUGGCUGCCCCAUGCCCAAUUUUUGAAACUCGGUGUGCAUGUAAAAACACUCCUUAUCUGUGCUAAUGUGAAAUUUCAACUCAAUCUGACAAAUGGUUUUGUUUCGGUCAUUUAAAGCAAUGAUGUGGAUACUGUAACAGACAAUGGCAACAUAACCAUUUAGGGCCCAGAAUUGUCAAAGGGCUUAUGCCAACAGAAGCAGAUUUGCAUUAUUAUACAGUAUAUUGUUGCUGUCUUUGUUUAGGAGAAAUGUUGUAUAGAAUCACUUACAGAUGUUAAUAUAAAGUUCCCGACGCCAAAGUGAUUGGACAAUUUUAAAUGGACAACAUGGGACUUCGUAUCCGAGGAGAGUUACCUGACGUGGAUGUUGACAUUCUGUUUCCUUGCUGUUUUCCAUGUGGUAAAUGUACACAGGAAAAAAGUGCAUCAAUACGUUUAUAUGACGUCUUUUCCCCUUAUGUGUAGCACUUACCCCGGCUAAAGAUCAAUCUCGCUUUCAAGCAAAGAGCAAUUACUUUGCAGUAAACAUUAGCAAUCACAUAGCUUGAUAUUAAAGUAGCAUUAUUGUUGUCCAGUUUGAAGCAGCUAAAUUUAAUUGAAAGUAAUCUCAAAUUCAAAAUCAACGCGGGUUGUCAGAACUGUCUCUUAAACACGCAUAAGUGUUAAUCUUGAAAUAACUUAGAAAGCAAAUGAAACAAUAUUGGUACUCUAAUAAGGUUGCAUGCAUGGUUCUGGUUUGAUAUUAUAUGUGCAGGAUGCUCUAUUCUUGGGCGUCAAUGGGGGGGGGGCAGGAAGAUAGGGUCUCACGACAUAUUUUGUGAAGGGGACGGAUAUGGGAAUUUUCUCCUGCCGCAUAUAAUUUUGACCUUGUCAUUCUGGCUUGUGCGUCUCAAAGAUCUUCCCAAAUGUUGAUCGUUUCACAGUAGUGCGCCUCCAUGA